CACAAAUGUCGGGCAUAGGCGGGAAAGCUUUUUCUAUCAUAGCCGUGGGAGCUAUCGGAUGGUACACCGGAGUCAAAUUCUGGAGACCCCUCAUCAUUGAGCAACUCGAGAAAGACAACAAUCUCGAUAAGGGACUCGUGCCUCCAGAGUAUGUGGACGAUGCUCCAAAGAAUUGGGAGGAUGUAAAGAGUCUUUGGAAAACAUCGUUACAUCCAGAGCAGCACCCAUUGGACGUGCGUGGAGCUGAGCAAGCAGCCAAUAUCGCAUCGUCUGAGUUGGCCAAAAUCAGAGAAAACGGGAACAAAUAAAAUAGCAUAAAUAUAUGUGGCGAGGAAGUCUAUAAACGAACGAUCAUUGUUUUGCAAUAAACGAGGAUACACAUGUCUCAUCACUACCAUGUGCAUAUUGGCGAUACAUCUGGGGACCUCCACCUGUGCCGCGCCUACAUAUAGCGUAG